AUGAUGACGUGCCGUCUGCUGUGCGCCCUGUUGGUGCUCGCCCUGUGCUGCUGCCCUUCCGUGUGCGUGACAGCAGAUGUUGAUGGUAAAUCUGAUAAUUCUGGAGGACACUCCGGUCUAAAGGAAAAUGAGACGGAGGAACCAAAGCAGGUAACGGAUCCGCAGAGUACACUUUCUCCUCUGUCAAAGGUAAGUGAGGUAGUGAAAUUAACAGCGGAGUCACAAGGUGAUCGCAUCCAGGAACAGGAAGAGGAACCCACUAACGAAGAGGCGGAUGGUGGUGAGACCGAUAACGCAAAAGACCAAAAUCAAAAAACUAAUGCAAUAAAUACGACAACCACUACGACCACGACACAGCCACCAACUACAACGACCACGACAACACAGGCACCAAGCACUAAGACUACAGAGGCGCCAACCACGACGACCACCCGCGCACCGUCACGUCUUCGGGAAAUCGACGGCAGCCUCAGCAGCUCUGCGUGGGUGUGUGCCCCGCUGCUGCUCGCCGCAUCCGCGCUGGCGUACACCACUCUGGGCUGA